GUUUCUCCCUAGGCCCACCCCCCUAUAACCCCCCCACCCCAGCCCCAAUUAAAAAAAAAUCUUCAUAUAAUUAUACACCUUCUUGUUCACAAAACAAAUCUCUCUUGUUUUUCUUAUUUCUCUCUCUCUCUCUCUCUCCUAUUUUCUUGCAUGGAAUUCUCUCUUCCAUUGGUUCACAACUUGCAUUUUGUUAAGGAAGAGAUGUCAAGCCCCCUUAGUGAUCAAAUUUUGAAUUUUUGUGAAUCUGAAUUUUUCCCAAAUGUACAAAAUUCAGAAGUUGCUUCUAGCUCAAAUUGUUGUAGCUAUGAAGAACAAAGUUCAUAUUCAAACAAUCUUGAAAUGAACAAGUUUAGUAACACUAUGGAGAAAAAUGAAGACACAAACAUCACAACAGUUACAUCUAAUGUUAUUAGUCCUUCAAGAAUCAACAACAGCAACAACAACGACAAUGAUAACAACAACAUUAACAUCAACAACAACGAUCUAUCGAUAAUAUUUGAUCCUCAAGAAGAUCAAAUUGGGAAUGAUAUUUCUGCUUCGAUAGAGUUCACACAAGAUGGAAAUUUUUCGAUUCCACAUCAUUUACUUCAACCUCAACACCAGGAUUUAUUCGAUAUUAAUUCACUCAACGAUCAACAUAUGAAAAUGACAGAUCAUGUUUCGGAUGGAUCCCUUCAACAAGCUCAUCAUCAUCAUCAAUAUACUCCUGAUCAACCUCCUAUAGUUCCACUUAUGGGACCUCCAUUAGGACAUUUCUAUGAAGACGAAUCUUUGUCAUCUGUACCUUCUUACAUGCGCGUUAACACAUCUUCCUCUCCUUCUUGUCCCCUUCUUGAUCCUUCACUCGCGAAUUACUUACCUUUAAACUCGAAUACUUCUAUGUCUAAUGCUGAAUCUUCAGCAAUACUUGCUGCUGCUACUGCGGCCGCUCCUGGAGGUGGCUUGUUCUUCGGGACUGAGUUUCCACCUGUACAAGAAAUCGAUUUUCAAGGUGAUAGUGGUAGAUUAUUCUGCCCUGACGCCUUGCCGCGAGUCUAUAAUUGUUCUAACGAGCUUCAGGCAUUGAGCAAUGAGAGUCAACAUUUGGUUAGUGCUAGUGGUUGUUCUAACCCUUUGGCAUCAGACAUAACAAAUUUGGAAGAUACUAGUUAUAAAGCAGUCAAAUGCACGCCGGAGGAGAGGAGGGAGAAGAUUCAUAGAUACAUGAAGAAGCGAAACGAAAGGAAUUUCAGCAAGAAAAUCAAGUAUGCAUGCAGGAAAACACUAGCAGACAGUAGGCCAAGGGUUCGAGGAAGAUUCGCGAAAAAUGAUGAAUUUGGAGAGGGUAGUACUAAGACAAAUUCUUGUGGUACACAUGAAGAUGUGACAAAUGAAGAUGUAAAACUCAAUUUUACAUAUCAUCAAGACCCUAAUAUGAUAACUUCAUCAUCAGGACAUGAUCAGAACAAUGUUAAUAUCACUCAUAAUGGUCGAAUUUUCACUUCGAAUUGCCAUUCAUCUACAAGUCCCUAUGAUAUUUGCCCCCCUCUGUAUUGUACAGAUGGCCAGUUGCACUAAAGCAUACGCGGCUAAACAAUUCGAUCUGCAUGGUGAGAAAACAAGAUGAACUGGUGAAGACAUAUAGGAUAUGCUUACUUACAUAUACCUAUUAUUUGGUGUAAAUAACUUCAAUAGCAACUGCUUCAUCCACCAAUCUUGGAUUUCAUCAGACAACUUUUUACACUUAGUUUUUUCAAGUCCCAAAUAAAAGGGAAUAAUAGGGUCAUUUUCGACAUACAAGUUUAGUAAUAAUUCAAAUGGAACUUCACAGUGAAGACAUGUAAAUUUUUGUAAAUCUGUACUAACACAAAUUGUCAGUAAUAAUUCAAUGGAACUUCACAGUGAGGACAUGUAAAUUUUGUAAAUUUGUACUGAAUUGCAUUUUUUUAUUAUA